AUGUCAUCAGCUAAUUCAUAUGUAUCAGGAUUACUAAAAAUGUGGAAACAAGCACGUUUACCAUGGCGUCAACGAAUAUUCGUGGGUUCAGAUUUACAUGGAAACGAAUAUUAUGAGAGUAAUCGACCUAUUAAUGGACGAAAAAAACGGAUAGUAGAGAUGAGAGAAAAUAAGCCUUUAGGAGAAUUUAAUAGUGAUUCUUUACCUGAAUUAAUUAUUCAAAGAGCAAAGGCUUUGGAUAAAGAUUGGGAACGGCGCAAAGAAUUGUCACGGGGAGAAAUACCUGAUAAAUCAAAACAAAUGGAAUUUGAAGGUGGAGACGGUGAUGUAUUAAAUGCUAUUGCGUACAGUGGUGGGAGCAAAAUAAUUCGUCAUUGUCUUUUAUACGCAUAA